AUGCAGAUUCAGAACUUGUCAUGGAAGCUGACGCAGCACAGAAAGUUUCACUUUUCCCCUGAUACGAUUGCCAAAUUUGAUCCCAAAAUCGUCGUCAUCGGGUUUCUUGAGUUCAAUGGAGCAAGCGCAACCGAGCAGGACUCGCACGGCGGGUUGCCGGCGGAGCAAUCCGUUCGUCGUCUUUGAUUUUGCCGAAGAGGACGAGCGUGUGGAGAAGGAUGCCGAGAUGCUUCUCUGCAGGUUUAAGCAAAGGAAACGCCGCCAAUCGGUUUCUCCUAUUGAUAACCAUACUUUCCUCAAAUGCUUUGCACCAAUUCCUACUCAGCAAAGGGUAAUUAGCAGCACACUAAUUGAUCUUGAUAAUGAAGUUGCACAAGGUGCAAAGUGUCGAAAAGAUGAAAUUAGCAAUGGACCAGUUGACAUUGAUGUUGAAGUUGCACAAGGUGCAAAGUCUCAAAAAGGCGGCAAUGGACCAAUUGAUGUUGAUGCUGUAGAUAAUGAGAUUAUCAAAAAGGGGAUUUCUGGUCAGGGUUUGCUUUCUGUUCCUUCGAACUCUGAGUGUGAAGAAGUUGGUGCAAUUUCAGAUGAUGAUGACUCAAUUGAAAUAAGUUCUCCACUGGCUUCUGCCUCUUCUCUGGCAGAGAGCAUAGUUUCAUCACAAGAACAAGUUUUGGUCUAUGGUACUAAUGGAACUCGAAACGCCAGAGAAAAUAAAGAAGUCAUCAUUUCUUCAGAUUUUAUAGUGUAUGGUGAGAUAUAUUGUACAGAGGCUCAGUUAACUUUUUCAGAUGCUGCCCUUAAAGUGGAGAGCUCAACUAUGAAUGGGACGGAUAGAACAUUUAGCUUUGAAUGGGCUAUAGAUGAUAUAAUUAGUAUUGAGUCUGAAUGGUGUGGAAGGGUUGAAACUGCCUUCAUAAGUCUAGUUCUUAGAUCAAAGGAUUCUAAAACAGCUGGCAAUGCAGAUGAGACUUCAGUUAUUGAGAGUUUGAGGUUUUCAGUUUAUGAUUCUUGUUGGUCUGAAAAGCAGGAGGCAAUCCAAUCCUUGAAUGUGAGAUACAAGGGUUUAUGGAGAAUUACUCUUGACAUUGACAGAGAAAAUGAAGGAAAUGCCUUAAGGGGACAGCAUUCUGAGGCUUUCUCAAACCUUUAUCUUUCUAAUUUGCAUGAAUGUUUUGAAGAGGUUAUCUAUCCAGAAGGUGACCCUGAUGCCAUUUUGGUUAGAAAGAGAGAUGUUGACCUUCUAUGCCCAGAGACAUUCAUUAAUGAUACUAUCAUUGAUUUCUACAUUAAAUAUCUGAAGAAUAAAAUUCAACCUGAGGAACAGCAUAGGUUCUACUUUUUUAAUAGUUUCUUCUUUCGCAAGCUUUCUGAUCUGGACAAAUAUCCGUCAAGUGCUUGUGAAGCAAGGGCAGCAUUUCAGCGUGUUCAUAAAUGGACAAGGAAAGUUGAUAUUUUUAAAAAGGAUUACAUUUUUAUUCCUGUUAACUACAGUUUUCAUUGGAGUUUGAUUGUCAUUUGUCAUCCUGGUGAAGUGGCAAAUCUCAAAGAUGAUGAACUUGCUGAGUUACCUAAGGUGCCUUGCAUCUUGCACAUGGAUUCAAUUAAGGGAAGUCAUAGAGGCCUUAAAAAUCUUUUUCAAAGUUACUUAUGUGAAGAGUGGAAAGAGAGGUGCGGUGGGGCUGCAGAUGAUAUUUCCUCAAAGUUUUUUCAUUUACAGUUUGUCCCUUUGGAGCUACCACAGCAGGAGAAUUCUUUUGACUGUGGCCUCUUCUUGCUCCAUUACGUGGAACUCUUUAUUCACGAUGCCCCAACUAACUUUAGCCCUUUGAAGAUAUCAAAGUUCAGCAACUUUCUCACUAGGAACUGGUUUCCACCUGUUGAAGCUUCUUCAAAACGUUCUCAUAUCCAGAGGUUAAUCUAUGAAGUCCUGAAAGAUCAAUCUUAUAAAGCAUCUUCAGCUAGUAGUGUUGAUGGAUAUCCUCUCUUCCAUUCACCUCAAAGGAUUGAGCGGGAAACUGGACUGGAAGUUCUUGGACAGGAUCAUUCCUCAAAUUGUAAUAAUGCUCAGGAGGGAAUCAAAAUUUCACAGUCAGGUGCAUACCCUCAAACUCCCAACCAACAAAUUGAAGAUUCUAUAGCAUUUGAAGAGUUCCUUAAGCUAGGAAACUAUGGGCGAUCACUCUCUGAUAGAAAUAAUUGUGAGAUUAAUACUCUUCCUGGGAGGAAUGCCAUGUCACCAGUAGAGGAGGUUGAAGUGACCUGUGAAAAGAUUGCUGUUGAUACAUCAUCUGAGAUAGAUAAUAGGCAAGUUGAAUUGCAAACUAAAUCCCCUUCACGAGCAAGAUUCACUGGUAGAUACAAUUCGGCAUUGGAACCACCACAGAAUCAGCAAGUAUUGUUGCGUGUGGGGGAUUCUUUUUCUGGAUCCUCCGGUAGUGAUUUUCAGAUGUUGACAGAGAUGCGGCCAGAAUUUGAGGGAUGUAUACAUUUGGAUAGAACUGACAAACCUGAAUCUUCUUCAUCCUCAAGUGAGUAUCUUGCUGACUGUAUUGUUGAAGAUUCUGAAGAUGAUAGUGCCAGGAAGUACUGUGAGAGUAAACGUGAUCCUUCCUCCUCUUGUCGGGAAAUCCCAGCUUUAUCCUAUCGAGAAGCAGAGUCAAAGAGAAACACUAAUGCUGAAAAACAUCAAAUACUAAUGAUCAAUGGAGAUCCUGCACAAGUAGUAGUUCAGGUAGACGAAUAGCAAGGUGCCAAAAUGCCAGGUGAUGCAGAACAGAGUGGAGAGAAGAUCCGCACCACCAAGUUAUGCCAUACGUAACACGACGGAGGACAAAUGCAACAGCCUUGUUAAUAGUUAGAAUACUAUCAUGUAGAAAACUUUAAAUAAUAUCAAAAAAUUGUUGGGUGUGGGCCUCCUGGUAUUGGAGACUGCCCCCUCAUCCAAUGAUUUCUAUGUUUGCUAUCUGAUGAAGUCUGAAUUACAAAACAAAGAAUUCAAAUGAUGUUGUUAUAUAGGUAAGGAGAAAGCUCAGCCCAUCACAAAUUGUAAAAAGGCAAAAAACGAGAAGGUAAGAAUUUUGAAAUGUAAAAUGUUCUUUUAUAGGAACUGCAUCAUCUCAUGGUUAAUGAAGUUCAUUUCAGUAU